GAGAAAGAAAGAAGAUUAUAUUCACCGUAGACCAAAGUGCUAAUCGAACAUUGCUUGGAUGGGAGACGCCUCGGCCCUGCGGAUUUGCCCUUUGAGCGAUCCGCGCCUGACCGAGCGGGUUCGCGUGGUGGACGACUACUGCCUCGCCGCCAAGUACUCCGAGAAGUACUACGACACGUACGUCCGCCACGGCCUGCAGUCCUACAACCAGGUCGCCUUUUACCACGACAUUUUGAUCGGCAGCAUCACCUGCCGGCUGGAGUUGACCGAGGUGGAGAACACGUACCGCCUCUACAUCAUGACCAUCGCCGUUUUGGCGCCCUACCGCCAUCUCGGCGUCGGCUCGCGCUUGCUGGAGGCCGUCUUGGCGAACGUGCGGAAGGAAACGCAAUACCGCAUUGUCGAGGUGACCCUCCACAUGCAAGUCGGGUCCCCGGUUCGGUCCUUUUACGAGAAAGUCGGCUUCGAGGUCGUGAAGGAGGUGAAGGAUUAUUAUACCGGGUUGGAUACGUGCGAUUCGCUGUAUAUGCGCCUGGUGGUCCCUCAGCUCCACUUUGACGGCAAGAAAGCCCAGAAGGCGUAGCGUCUAAAGGAUAGAAUGGGGAAUAAAAGAGAAUGGUAUGUGUAUGUUAUCCGGGGAAAGUGCCUUUAGUUUAGUUUAGUUUUUUGCUUGCCGCAUUUGCUUGACAGGGAUCGUGUGUUUCUAAACGAAUAGAAUCCGUCAAUUUUAUUUGGGCAUCAUUUUAAAAAGUAAUCUCAUUCUAAGAGAACUGUAAUCAUGGCA